UUUUUAAUCCCUAACAGAACACUCAAACGCAGACCAAUGACCGGAAAUGCUUUCCUUCAAGCUCAACGCCGGAAAUACCAGAACAAAUCCAUUCUGAUGACAGCGGUCACGAUCGGUGCCUUCCUGCUAAGUUGGUCGCCUUACGCUUUAGUUAGCCUCACGGCGACGGUCAAAGGCCAUCACGUGAUGACAUCCGGGGAAUCAGAAAUCCCGGAGCUUAUGGCCAAGGCCUCUGUGAUCUAUAAUCCUAUCAUUUACACAUUUAUCAAUGACAAAUUUCGCCACACUCUCUGGGGAAUUUUGAGUGGAAACCGGGGGAUUGUUCUCCCACGAGGUAGGUCAGGUAGCGAGGAACCGACUGAACACGGGUCAGUAAAUGCAACACACGCGUCACCACGUGACCACUAAAGACUGUCCAGAAGGUUUUUCAGGAUCAGGGAUUUUAAUUAUUUGAAGGUCGACCGGAGAAAGGGAGCGAUAUUUGGGAAAUAAAAUUGGGAACUGGACACGAAUUUGGCACUUUCACGAUGCAAGAUUUGGGAAAUGUCUACAUCGUAACACUACCUACUUGUAAUCAACCAUCUGUCUACCGUGUGCAGCCUACUCCUCACAUUUGACUGUGUAUGGAGGUUCUAUUAAUGAGGAAAUCUGAACUCUAAAGCGUAUGUUCAGGAUCAGGAUUAGCAAAUAAAAGUAUUCGGUGUGGUGGGACUGGGAAAUUUUGGAAGGGAUGUUGGGAUUGAAUAAACCUGAUGAGGACCCUCUGGUAAAACUUGUAGCCUAGGAAUAUUCGUUUGGAGCUUUGUCACCAGACAUUCCAACAUUCGGUAGUCCAUCCCUGGUCUUUGCACCGUGUCGGUUAUUUCCUAAGACAAGCAGCUAAUCAUUAUAAUUGAUUUAAUGUUCCCUGCUUACGCUAGUUACAUAAUGUACAGGUUGUUGUCUUUCAGCUCAUUUAAAACUAGUAAUAUCCAACGGUUAGGGAGUGUGGGCGAGAUCGAUACAAGGUGUCUCCCGAGGGGCGGGGGAGGGGUACUUCCCAUGAUGGCCUAUACGAGGAGGCUCCGUCCGAAAGGGGUACCUUUCACGCGUGAUCACGUGUGAUAACGCGCUAGAACGAUUGAUAGAAAGUCCAAACGCGCGUGAUCAUAUUGCGUUUUAUGCAUUCCAUUCCGGAAUUUGAUCUUAUUAGAAGUCUGAAAUGCUGGCUACAAACUGACCGUGCAUGCGUGAUAGCAACCAGGAGAUCAGGUUUGCAGGUUUCUCUGGUCGUCUGCAAUUAUAAUCAUUUCACACGUUUGUAGUUUCAUCAAUUAGGAAACAAAAAAAACGACAUAAAAACCACAUUGGGGACUGUGAAAGGGGGGAAUUGUAGUUCAGGCUUGGACGAAGCAGGAGAUACAUCAGGAGACAAUAACCCGGAGCGAUCAACUUCCAUACACUCGUGUCGCGGCGUUUUCACCAACCACUUUAUUUUUAGAAUGAUUUUAUCGCGAAUUUAGAAGGAGUCCUACAAACCAGUCGGCAAAACCUGCAGAUCUAAAAAUGGUAUUUUUGACCUUUUAAUGACGUUUAGUAUUCUUUUUCUUCGAAUGCGCUCAUAGAGGGAGCGGAUCUCCAAGUUUCACGCAGAAAGGGCUCUCUAAGAUGUAUCUAAAUUAAACCAAACCUUAAAAACGCAACGAUUAUUGUCCUAUAUUGGUAUUGCUCGCUUCGGGUCAUGGGCUCCUGUUAUAUUGACAAUGAAAUAAAUAACAUAGCCACAAUAAAUAGAUAAUAAAAUAAAUAAACAAAAUAAAAUAAACAGAGGAAGAACAAGAACAAGAAGAAGAAGAAGAAAGUGACGGGUGGUUUUAUGCUUCCCAGGGGGUGGACGCCCAUAUAAAAGUGACGCGGAUGUUAGUCGUCCCGCUUCCUGUCACUUAUGAUGUCCAGCAUGAAAAGCCUAUAAAAUGCCUAUAAAAGUGUCGCUUAGAGUUGUGCGUAAAGAAAUAUCUUUCAUACUAGGAGCUUAGGUUCCUGCUCAUUCUGCUUUUGAGUGGUCAAGUAUAGCCCGAGACACGCCCAGUUUGGUCUUCUUUAGGGGUUCAAUUCUAGUUUUCCGACAAGUAUCCCUCUUUCUUUUAUAUGAUCUUAUAUUGUAGUCCCCCCGGGUUUUGCUUAGCAGAAUAACAAAAGAAGAACACACCAAAAUUCUAGUUAAAAAGCUACGGGCAUCAGACCUGGAACGUUACCAAAAUUUCCCCAGAACAAAUUUCUCGCAACGAUUUUCACUCAUCAGAAACGGUAAUAAUUUAUAUCCAUACAAGACGACCCUAUUAUAAAUCGUCCUUUUCCGUAAUUAUAGAUUUUUGUAUCGUGCAUUUGUCUAUAUGACAAGUGAAGACAAAUGAACGCAAAGAAUGACUGUAAAAAUUUUGUGGGUAGAAUAGUGACAACUGGGAAAACUAUUUACGAAUUAAAACUUCGAAAAACUACAUAAAAAAUAUAAGUUACAAAGAUUCUAUAUGUAAAAUAGUAAAAAAAAAAUGAUUCAAGGAGUUUCAAACAAUAUUAUUGUACAAAAAAAACUCAGUUGAUUAAAAACAAACUAGAAACUUGAAAGAAGAAUGUCUACAAAGACUUUCUUUUACGUUUCAGCAGAUGCCGAAAUCCCAAAACGAUCCAAGUCAAAAAAGGAAAAUAGAAAGCGUAUUGGGCAUGGUAAUGCAUUCAUGACUGAUUCUCACGCAUUUGUUUUUUCUGCUGAUUCGCACACUGUAGAACAACUAUUUGGAAGGACUGUUGUUUAAUGUAAGUCUCUUCAGGAAGCAUAAGCUCAGGAGUUCUUAAGCGACGAACGUCAACCGGAAGUGUUGUCUGCUACACAGCCGUUUUUAGUUUCGUCACGCAACGAUCCUCCCUAAACGUUGCGUGACGACACUAAAAACGGCUGAAAAGUAGACUACCGGAAGUGAGGCCUUUCGCCACUAAAUUAACACUGCUAAGUGUCUUUACUCUUACAGAGACGAUUUGCCCAAACAUUUGAACAAAACCACUGCCCAAGAAUUUAAAAGGUCCACUUCUGGUUGGCUUUCGUCGCUCAAAAACGUAAGGGAGUUGAACAAAGGUUCUUUAGAAUUGCUUUAUCCCUUUAUCCUGAGGAGAUAUGCAGCUAAUGAGCUUUUAAAGAAAAAAGUGCCAGGACAAGCAGAAAAAAAUGCCCAGAAGUUGACAGCAAAAGUUUAUUCUGUUUUCGUCACCUUUUAGACUUCCUCAAAGUCCUUCACGUCUCAUUUCCGGUUCCGGUAGUUGGCCCCAGCGCAAAUGACUUUUAUCCCCUGCAAGGAGGAAUUUUCCUCCUGUGGGUUUUAUCCAAUCACGAACCCAGAAAUACAGCUACAAGUAAAAUAGGUAAUGGCGUCAUUUCGUUGCUGUGACAACUCUGAUGUCAUUGUAACCCUGGUCAUAACAAAGUUUAAUCUUUAUCCUGUACAGCUGUGGUGGUAAUUUUUCCAAAUCUUUGUUAAUGGCGACGUAGUUUAUGAUCAAACUUGGCAGAUAUUGACCCUGAAAAAGCCAUCGAGCCAACUUAAGGUCCCUCUCACUGAAACCCAUCAGGCACACCGGAAUGCAAAGUUAACUGUGGUUGUUUUCGAUAAAAGUUUUAACUGACAUUACAACGAGAAUUCACCGCUGCUUUCUGUACACCCUGAUCUCGCGAAAAUUAAAAGCAUGCAGACUAUGAGAGUCAGAGUCCUGGAAACUGCGCCAAAGAGAAAAAACAAAGGAAAAAAGAAUUAUCCACAAGGUUGAGGUUCAGAACGGAAUAAGCUGCCAAACAGAUUGGAUUAUUAAAUGAGAUGGUGAAGAAGACCCAGCCUCUUCGCGCUGUUCGAGUGGGUGUCGCCGAAUCCGAACUUGCUGACGGCGACUGGGAACGAGAUUGAGAGCGACCUUGAUUUGGACCUCGAAGUUUUCUUUGAAGUGCUUAAUAGGCCAUUUCCUAAUUCAAUUUUGGAAGUAAGGAAUCCAACGUUAUAAAAAAGAACGACCGGAUCCUAAUAAAGGAUCUAAUCAGCUUUAAGUUGAAUUAUCGAACAAAAGAAGCAAGGCUGAUUUCGCAGUCGGGAAUAUAUAUAUUAUGUUGCCUCCAUCCUUCUCUUAGCGUGAAGCCAAUGAUGUGAAAAUGAUGUUUAUUCUUCUACAAAUAAACCUCGUUUUCACAACAAAGGUUUUGCACUUAGCCAGCCUCGCUUUGAAAAUGAAAUUUCUUGGAACUCGGAAAUGGUCUAUUGAAGUAAUUAUUACAUAAUCAAUGUUUUUGGAAUAGUGUGGUUUAGGAUAAUAAUGUUUAUUGAAAGAUUAUGUGCGCAAACCUGCAGUUCUAAAAUAAUUUCAUCUUCAAACAGACGGUCCAUCCUUUUCGUGUAUGUGUGACGAAUAAAAAUUCUCGAGCUACACAUUUAGUUUUUCCAUCAAGUAAGAAAAUAAAGAGAAUGAUUUUAGUGCCUGCUUAAUCCGGUUUCUAUAUGCUUUAUAUAAAAAAAUCAAAUAAAUAAUUCACAGAUGAAGGUAAAGAUAAUUACUACAUAAUCCAUAACAUGUGGUUUAUCAUAUUUCUUUUCCACAAGCCAUCUUUCCAAGAAGAAAGAUAUCAGCGGCUUUUGACCUUUAUAAUUUCCGUUUUUCGUUUUCCUCACAGAUUUAAACAAUAAAUGUAAAAUUAAAUCCCUAGAAAAGAAAAUAAGACAGAAAAGAUAAACAACAACUUGGAAUCACCAUAAUUUGAUUUUAGUGAAAUUAAAUGAGUAUCAUGAGUGAGAUGGAAGGAACUUGAAGACUGGCAUUUUUUUCUUUCUAUGGUAAUAUAUAUUGGUUUCUUUAUCUCGAUCUGGAAUUAUCAGGAAACGAGAUAAAAAUACUGAUAAUAAAAAUACAUCGCUAUAUUUUUAUUUUCCUCAUGGACAGUAAAUGGCAGGUGCUUAAAAACUCGCCUUGCAGCCCUUCGGAUCACUUUCAAUAGAAAUCCUUAGAAAACGAAGUUUGCCUGACUUUAGUUAGUUAAUUACAUUUGCUGUCAGCCAGUUUUCUUAAUAUCAACAACAACAAGAGAAGCAGUUGAAAUUAUUCAGUAUGGGUGUUUCUUACCCUUAAACGUGGCACUAAAGUAUCCAGAAUUCUGGGGGAUGACAAUUUUUCGGUAAGCUUACGGCUUUAUCAAAAUUGUUCUCAAACUUUCCACUUCGAUGUAAUGGAUUUUUAAUGCUGAAUUUUAUAAGAAAUUUGCACUUGAAUGUCUCGCACUAAGUGACUAAAACAAUAGUCUUGAGCAACCAAUCAUUGAAGCUUUGCAUGAAACACAGGGUGCCCUGUAGACGCUAAUGCAGUCUAUAUACACAAUGUAAAGAUUUCGCCGGUGGCGUUCCUUUUUAUUUCGCAGAAUUUCAUUUACGAUGGAGUAAAAAAUUGGGGAAACAUAUUCAGCAUAGUCGGUGAGUGUUACAUUAAUGAACGAGUAUUCAGUAUGUUCAAAUGCUCUUUGUUUGAACAAAAAUACUUUGACAGCGCUGGCCGGUUACUCCGUCUUUAUCGUUGUACGAAUUAAAGUCCUUCAGACUGAAACAAUUUAGUAAACUAAGAGAAUUUUGGUAUAAAAGCAACUACUUUUGAAGAAUGUUUGUUAUUUUUCACACAUCACGUUGGACCUCUACGCAAGAAAAAUCUCUGCACAUACUUAACGUUGAAACUGGUCUAACUCACAUGCAGUUAGCCAUGCAUAGGGAAAUUUUUAGUGUGCAACUCUCUUUCAUCUUAAGACUAAAGACUAGCGAGAAAAGGGCACACAUGAACCUUAGUUUUAAGUGUAAUAUAUAAGCAAUCCGACUGAACUUAUUGCAUUUGUGGUCUUAAUCAUUUAAAUAGAUGAAUGCUGCAUAUUUUUCCAGAGUGAGUGGGGUAGCGACCUGUAUACACCAGUAGACACGUGCGUACUUAGUGAAAUAAUGUCGCCGGAAAAAAUUUUGGAUCGGAUAAGAAAUACUUUAUAGAGUUUUUCCUCUCUUGUAAUUUUUUAUAUUCAUAUUAAACGAAGACUUGUCUAUGAGUUCACUUGAGUCGCCACACUUUUUUUUGUAAAGUCUAAGGGCAAGUAUUUGUCUUUUUGUUGUUUGUAAACAAUCUUUGUACAGCUAUCGACAGGUGAUGCAUGGUCGAUUACCCAAAGGCAAAAUCUGCCUCUGUGCGUAGCCAACAAAACAUUUGGGCUAUACCCCUGUUUUUGUUUUUUUUUCUUUUCUUUUUUUAAAGCCCAUUCAAAAUUUCAAGUCAGUAAUUUGGGGUAGGGUGAUUCUAUGGUCGAUUCAAAUUCAGAUACAGACAUUAUCGCCCUAAGUAGACCACUGAUCGAGAGAAAGUUUUCUUCAGGAAGCGUUUAUAGGCUAUUGUCCACAAGAGUCGGGCGCAUUAUACUACUGUCUACACGAGAAGGAAUAUCCAUUUAAGAUGGUUUACGCGUGGCCGAAAGCAGUAAAAUUUCCCUCAAAAACUGAUGUUUUACGGCUCUUCUUCUCGAAAAGUGUAGUUAAAUCACCUUUUAAGGAAAUCCCGAAUCUCCCAAAGAUUUUUCAAAACUGACCAAAAUUAUUAAAACUGUAUCAAAUUUCUAACGAUUUUGGUCACGUAUGACGUUGCACGGCUGUAAGAAGUCUCGUAAAAACAAUUAGUUGUCCCAGAUAUCGUUACCCCAGCGUACCUUGCGCUCAGCUAUAAUGGUUACGUAACUAUGGUUGAUUUUCCAUGCACGUGUGCUUCGUCUCGUGCUUGCAUAUCCACGGGAAAAUUGCGUAAACGCCAGGGUGGUCCAUUUGUUUAUAAUCGUGCAGCCAAAAGGAAUGGGAAAUUUGCAUUAGCGAGCUCAUUAGUUAAAGUUCAAAGGUUGCGCGUGCCUGGAAGCUUUUAAAAUCAUUAAUACUUGGUAUAGUGGGCGGCCAAGAGAAAGAAAUGUGGUUGUAUUUCAAGCCGAUCUAAGGUUGCGCGUGAAGCCGUAGAACCAUUAAAAAGCAGCAAUAAAUAAACAAACUUUUUAUAAUGGGCGGCUUGACAGAAAGAGUUGGGAUAAUGAGUUGUAUGAAGGUUUCCACCCUUCAUGAUACAGACCAAGGGCCUUCCGUUGAAUUUACGCACAAUCUGGCAAAGGACUGAACCAUAAUGAUUAUUCGGAAACAGGUAAACUCUAACUGCUAAGAGAACGGGUCUUCACAUUCAUAUUUAUAUUCAUAUUUAUUCAAGGGUGUUGUUCAAAAUGCUAGGAAAUGUAUUAUUCUUACGCACGUGCAAGGCCACGUGCCGAGCCGACUUAGUUCCUUCAGCUUUAUCAUCGCUGCGUUUUUUAAUGAACAACAAAAAAAAAACAUCAAUACCAGGUUCCACCUCAGUAUGCGGGUUUACUCUAACUUGCUGUUAAAACCAAGUCUUCAUUUUCAUAUGUUAGUAGUAUUUAUUUUAGUUUUAAUUUAAAUUGUUAUUAAGUAUGGCUUUUCGGUUAUAUAUUUACCCCCGUGGCAUUUUUCAGACAGCAGUAAAGUUACCACGAACGCCAAGGGUGUUUUACGGAAAUUUUGGAAGAUUUUUUUCCCUGAAACAUAAACGUAAUAGUUUCGAUGCGGAGAUUUUCCGGGAAGUGCCAGUUUUGUACGUAGUAAUUCCACUGAUCGUAGAAACUAACUGCGGCACAGCUGCAACUCAUAACUCAACUCAAAGCUCACUAACAUUUUUAGUAAAAAUCAUCUACCUAUAUCUGGGGUAACAAGAAAUUCAAACUAUCGAGGUGCACCUCAAGUCAUAUACAAGAUAACAUCACAAUUUCAACUCUCUUUGUCUAGGCGCUCGAUAUACCAAGUUUUUUAGAUCACGGUAUUUUUUCCGGUUUUAUUAAACGCUUACAGUAGUCAAGCGCAACUUUUGAACUUUACCUGAGUGUGUCUUCCGAUUCAAAUUUUCAAUUUCAGUAUUAGUUGAAAGCAAGAGGCAGAGCACGUGCCACGCUGACCAAGUUUUUCCUCAGUCCUACGUCCAUAGUGUUUUUCAUACAGUGGCAACUAAUAUAAUUAGUAAUCCACGAAUACCAGGUUUCAGUUCUUUGAAACCAGGUCAACUUCUACUAGGUAUUCAAUACCCCACUUCACAUUCUUAUUUACAUCCAUAUUUAUUUCAAAUUUUAAUUUGUACGUCCCAGGAAACGCUCUUUGUUAGGGUAUUUGACUUACACGGGGUCAAUCUUUCGUUUUUUCAUGCUGUUGCAAAGUAGCCUUGAGUACCCGAUGCCACUGUCAUGCGAUAGAGGGUCAACUCUAACUUGCGUUUCAAAACUGGUCUUCAUAUCCAUAUUUAUGUUCAUGUUUUUGUUAGGAAAUGCUCAAUCUUACACACGCUCAGAGAAACGCGCAGAACGGACUUUGCGUCAGUUAG